GCAGACUAGGAAGGCAGCAACCCUGAACAUCAGGAGUCGGCUAUCACAGACACUGGCAGCUGGCUCAGCUUUGCAGGAGAACAAAGUAAUGGCUGGGAUCUCCCCUACUCUCCUUGGCUGCCCAGAUGGCACACUGGGAAAGGACACUGCAGUCCAGGAAGUCCAAGACAAUAUGAUGCAAGUGAACAGUUUGACACUGUCCUCUAGCAACACUGACUUCGCCUUCAGCCUCUACAAGAUGCUGGUUUUGAAGAAUCCAGAUAAAAAUAUUGUCUUCUCUCCGUUCAGCAUCUAUACUGCCUUGGCCGUUGUGUCCCUGGGAUCAAAGAGAAACACCCUGAAGGAGAUUCUAGAAGGUCUCAAGUUCAAUGUCUCAGAGUCCUCUGAGGCAGACUUCCACCAGGGCUUUGGGCACCUCCUAUACAUGCUUAGCCAGCCUGGAGACCAUGUACAGAUCAAUACAGGCAGUGCCAUGUUUAUUGAAAAGCGCCUACAGAUCCUGGCAGAAUUCCAGGAGAAGGCAAGGGCUCUGUACCAGGCUGAGGCCCUCACAGCCGACUUCCAGAAGCCUCUUGAGGCCAAAAAGAUCAUCAAUGACUAUGUGAGGAAACAGACCCAGGGGAAGAUCAAGGAACUGAUCUCAGACCUGGAUGACAGGACAGCCAUGGUGCUGGUGAACUACAUCUACUUUAAAGGCAAAUGGAAGAUGCCCUUUGACCCUCAUGACACAUUUGAAUCUGAGUUCUACUUGGAUGAGAAGAGGUCUGUGAAGGUGCCUAUGAUGAGCAUUGAGGAACUGACCACACCCUACUUCAGGGAUGAGGAGCUGUCCUGCUCUGUGGUGGAGCUGAAGUACACAGGAAAGGCCAGCGCCCUGUUCAUCCUCCCCGACCAGGGCAGGAUGCAGCAGGUGGAAGCCAGCUUGCAACCAGAGACCCUGAGGAAGUGGAAGAACUCUCUGAAACCUAGGAUGAUAGGUGAGCUCCACCUGCCCAAGUUUUCAAUCUCCACUGACUACAGGCUGGAGGACGUCCUUCCAGAGCUGGGCAUCAGGGAAGUCUUCUCCAAACAGGCUGACCUGUCUGGGAUUACAGGGGCCAAGAACCUGAGAGUCUCUCAGGUGGUCCACAAGGCUGUGCUGGAUGUAGCUGAGACAGGCACAGAAGCAGCUGCUGCCACCGGGGUCAAAUUUAUCCCAUGUUGUGGAAAAAUCUACUCUAUGACUAUGUAUUUCAACAGGCCAUUCCUGAUGGUUAUCUCUGACACAAAUACUCAUAUUGCCCUCUUUAUGGCCAAAGUUACAAAUCCCAAAUGAGACUAGAACUUCCCAAAUGGGGAGGGGGGGGCUCUUCCCUAGAGCUGGGAACUGAGCCCAUAUGUAGGUCUGUCUGUACAUUUUGGCUUCCAUGCUCUGCUUGGCUGUGGCAUGCCUGGACUGGACAGUGACACUGGCUAACACUGUAACUCCCUCAUGCAGAGAAAGAAGCCUGUGGCUGGUCAGUGUCAGGCUUCCCUGUCAUCCUGGCACCACUAACUUAAGUUCCUGACCUGAGAUUUGUCUCAUUCCCUGUCCCUGUUCUCUCCCCUGUAUCUGCCUCAACAUGAAAGCCUGGGCCCGUCAGUGAGGCUCACUCCUAACUCAGGCCCUGGUUGUAUCUGCCUUCAGCUUUUCAGUCAUGAUGGGUCUAUGCAAACUUACAGGCCAACCCAUUUGGACUAUGAAGGGAAGCUGCUGUCCUGGGUUUAUUUGCAUAAUCUGAACUACUUGGUGUCUAGUUCUGCUUUACUCUUUCCUUCCUGUGGGCAUAGCUAUCCACAGCCCCUUACAAGUCUCCUGGCCCUGCUCAUAUCUGGUACAGUUGGAGCCCUCAGUCCUGCAGCUGCCUGGGGCCUGUUGGUCAAACCAGCUCCUCUCCCCCCAGGACUCCUACUAAGGGCAGAGUACUAGCCUUUCCCUAAGCUCCCAGCUGACCAACCUCAUAGGACAGGUGGUCACCUCCUGCUUCAUCACCCACAUUGAAAGGUUAGGAGCAAAGGAUCAAUAAACAUGUACCUGCAUUGAG